AUUUUCUGGUGCUGAGAGGGGCAGAUCUCUCCUUUGUGAGCACAGACUCAGCGCUAACAGGCCAUGGAGCAGAGAGUGGUGCUGAUCACGGGCUGCUCCUCUGGGAUCGGCCUCAGCCUGGCUGUACAGAUGGCCUCCGACCCCGCCAAAACCUACAAAGUCUACGCCAGCAUGCGUAACUUGGCCAAGAAGGAGCGUCUGCUGGAGUAUGUGAAGGGCUUCCACAAGGACACCCUGGACAUCAUCCAAAUGGACGUUACUGACCAGCAGUCUAUCCAAGAUGCCAAGGAGAAGAUCACAGAGAACAGAGUGGACAUCUUAGUGUGCAAUGCUGGGGUGGGCCUGAUGGGCCCACUGGAGACCCUGUCCCAGGACACCAUGAGGCAGAUCCUGGAUGUGAACCUCCUGGGCACCAUUCGCACCAUCCAGACCUUCCUGCCCGGCAUGAAGACCCGGCGCAGAGGGCAUGUCCUGGUGACCGGCAGCAUUGGAGGGCUGCAGGGUCUGCCCUUCAAUGAACUCUACUGUGCCAGCAAGUUUGCAGUGGAGGGAGUGUGUGAGAGUUUGGCUAUUCUCCUGCAACACUUCAACAUACACGUCAGCCUGAUCGAGUCUGGCCCUGUAAACACCCACUUCCUGUCCAACCUGCGGCAGUCUGAGUCAGGGGACGCCGCGCUCCUGCAGGUGGAUCCGCUGACACGCGACCUCUACGACACCUACCUGCAGCACUGCUCGUCCGUCUUCCACAGCGCAGCGCAGGACGCCCAGGACAUCGUACAGGUGUUCCUGGAGGCUAUCCAAUCUCCGAGCCCGUCUCUGCGCUACUAUACCAACAGUGCCCUGCUGCCCCUCACCUCCCGCAAACUGGCCAUGCAUGAUGGCUCCCAGUACAUCAGGGCCAUGAGCAAGCUCAUCUUCUCCAGCUCUGGCCCAGAGGAUCCCUAGAUACAGCCAGAACAAACAACACUAAAACACUAUGACCAGCACACACAACACUACAACCAGCACACACACAACACUAUAACCAGCACACACAACACUAUAACCAGCAUACACACACAACACUAACCAGCACACACAACACUAUGACCAGCACAUACACAACACUGUAACCAGCACACAUAACACUAUAACCAGCACACACAUCACUGUAACCAGCACAUACACAACACUGUAACCAGCACACACAUUACUGUAACCAGCACAUACAACACUAUAACCAGCACACAUAACACUAUAACCAGCACACACAUCACUAUAACCAGCACACACACAACACUGUAACCAGCACACACAUUACUGUAAUCAGCACACACAACACUAUAACCAGCACACACACAACACUGUACAGCCAGAACAAACAACACUAUAACACUAUGUCCAGCACACACAACACCAACCAGCACACACAACACUGUAACCAGCACACACAACACUACAACCAGCACACACACAACACUGUAACGAACACACACAACACUAUAACCAGCACACACAACACUAACCAGCACACACAACACUAUGACCAGCACACACAACACUAUAACCAGCACACACACAACACUAACCAGCACACACAACACUAUGACCAGCACACACAACACUAUGACCAGCACACACAACACUAUAACCAGCACAUACACAACACUGUAACCAGCACACAUAACAGCAACACUACAACCAGCACACACAACACUGUAACCAGCACACACACAUCACUGUAACCAGCACACACACCACUAUAACCAGCACACACACAUCACUGUAACCAGCACACACACCACUAUAACCAGUACACACAACACUGCAACCAGCACACAUAACACUGUAACCGGCACACACAACACUGUAAGUGAAACACUAAUCCACCUUGCAUAUGCUCAUUAAUAUUUUGCAAAUGAACAAGACAGGAGCCUUCAGUUUUGUAAAAAAGUGAUUUACUAAUGAAGUGUUAAAAAAACAUGGUGCAAUUUUACAAAUGCCUUGUGCUGAUUUCUUCCAUAGUGCCUUUAUCAUAUCAUGUAAACCUGGCUUUGUUAGGGGUUGGGUAUCACUCACUGACAGCUACAUUAUUAAUAAAUUAAAAUUAAAAAAAUAAA